GUUGUUCAAUUGUUUUUUUUUUUUGUUUUUUAAUCAGGCCAAAUCAUUGAACAGCCCUCGUCAUUGUUAACUGAAAUCAUCAUCAGACAGACGUUCAUUUUGUUUCCAACUGAGAACAAAACCAAGCCAUCAAAUUUCAAGAUGCCAAGCUACAAGGUCACUUAUUUUCCAGUCAAAGCUCUUGCUGAACCAAUUCGUAUGAUUCUCAGUUAUGCUGGACAAGAAUUUGAAGAUGAUCGUUUUGAUCGUGAAGAUUGGCCAACUAAAAUAAAGCCAACAAUGCCAUUUGGACAAGUACCAGUAUUGGAAGUUGAUGGUAAAAGAAUAAAUCAAUCAACUGCAAUAUGUCGUUAUCUUGCCAAGCAAUAUGGUCUUGUUGGUAAAGACGACUGGGAAAAUCUUGAAAUUGAUUCAACUGUUGAUACAAUUCAUGAUAUGCGUUCGAAAAUUGCUGGAUUUUUCUAUGAGGAUGAUACAAAUGCCGAAGCCAAGGCUAAGAAAAAAGAGGUUGCAUUGAAAGAAACAGUACCAUUUUAUCUUGAACGUCUUGAUGCUCAAGUUAAAAAAAACAAUGGUUACUUUGUUGGUGGUAAAUUAACAUGGGCUGACUUUGUUUUUGUUGGUAUCAUUGAUUAUCUUAAUGCCAUGGCUGGCUAUAAUAUCAUUGAUAAAUAUGAUAAUUUAAAAUCACUCAAUGAAAAAGUACUUGCUCUUCCAAAAAUCAAGGAAUGGGUUGCUAAACGUCCAGUUACUGAAUUUGUAUCAAGAGUCAGUCGUGUUGAGCUAUCCAGUGCAGCAACAGCUAAAAUAAAUUUCUCUCGUUAUAAUUUCAAGGAUAUUGAAAAUUUUAAAAAAAUGCCAAGCUACAAGUUGACUUAUUUCAACAUUACCGGUCUUGGUGAACCAAUCAGGUAUUUGCUGAGUUAUGGAGGAGUUGAUUUCGAAGACAAACGUGUCAGUUUCGAUGAAUGGCCUGCAUUAAAAUCCCAAAUGCCAAUGGGACAAAUGCCAUUAUUAGAAAUUGAUGGAAAAAAAUAUAAUCAAUCACAAGCAAUUCUUCGUUAUCUUGCUAAAAAAUUUAAAGUUGCUGGUGGUGAUGAUGAUGAAGCAUACGAAAUUGACAAUGCUGUUGAUACCAUGGCUGACAUGAGAAUUGCAUUGGCAACUUGGCACUUUGAAGCUGACGCAGCAGCAAAAGAAAGGCAAAAGGAAAAAGCAUUUAGUAAAAUGGAUUUAGUACUUGGAAAACUUGAGGAAACUGUCAAGAAAAAUAGCGGCUAUUUAGUUCGUGGAAAAUUAUCAUGGGCAGAUAUUAGUUUAGCUGCUUACAAUGAUUUUUUGUCAAAAGUUAUUGGAAAAAGUCUUGUUGCUGAUUAUCCAGAAUUGAAAAAACUCAUUGAAAAAGUAUCAGCAGUUCCAAAUAUUAAAAAAUAUCUUGAAAAACGUCCAGUUACACAAAUGUAAUUAAAAAC